AUUUAUUAGUAUUAGAGAGCUAUGAAGGUUUCUGCAUCAAUCAACAAUAAGAUAUCAAAAGCCCAGUUUCAGUUAGAAUAAAGUGAGAAGAAAACAUAUUGUUCUUCCAAAUGGCAUAUCUGAAAAUCACUGUGUUGGUAUGGGUGGAUAUACUGGCAAUAUAUGCUGUGUCGACAUUGAUAACAUACUUAACAGAUGUUUGGAAGCUUAAUUACACGCACGCUGCUGCAAUAGUCAAUAUGUUUUGGGGCUUCUCCGCCAUUAUGCCCUUUACCAUGCAAUACAUUGUUGAUACUUUCAUGGGCAAUUAUUGCAUGGUUUUUCUCUCUAAUUUUGCCUACUCCCUUGGGUUAGGAUUUUUGUCAAUGUCAACGCCACCAGUGCUAUCCAACAUACUAGGCAAUUGUGAUGAGUACAAGCCUGCCUGCAUUGGCAUAGAGCAAAAGAUCCUAUUUUAUACAGGACUUACUCUACUAACUUUUGGAGUCUCGGGUCAUUUGACCUCUUUAGCCAAAUUCAUUGAAGAUCACAAAACGCGUGAAGAAAAUAAUCCAAAACUUUAUUGUUGUUGUGGUUUCAUUGUGGUGAUUCUUGUCCCUUUAAUUGGAGCCAUAUUAAUUCCCUUAAUAAAGUCAUGGUCAAUUAGGUUUGGGAUCACAGCUAUAUGUUCAGUCUUGGCCACAAUUAUUUUCUUAACUGGAAUUAGAUCAUACCAACGUGACAAAGCCCGAGGAAGCCCCUUAACUAUUGUGUUUAGGGUUUUGAUAGCGUCUGCCUUAAAAUCAUUUCAAAAAUGUCCAAAAGAUGCCUCUCAGUUGUAUGAACAUGAACAAAAUAAUGGUAUUAGUUACAAACUAUCUCAUACACCUCGCCUCAGGUGCCUAGACAAGGCUGCUAUUGUGUUACCAAACCAAUCACACCAAAAUGUUAAUAGGUGGAGAGUUUGUAGUGUUACCGAAGUAGAAGAAACCAAGACCAUCAUAUGCAUGAUUCCAAUGUGUACCACUUUCUUCCUUCUUGGAGUUGUGUCUUCUAUUGGAAAUACCUACUUUCUUGAACAAGCCAACAACAUGAAUCGAAAAGUUGGCCACUUAAGUGUUCCACUUACCACUCUUAUACUUUUUCGCGAUCAAGCAAAAGCACAAUUUGGAAAAUGUUAUGUAAGAAUAGCAUCAAAUUAUGGAUCAUCAUCGAAUAUUAAGUAUUUAGCUAGAGUUGGAAUUGCCGUGUCGAUGAUUUUCGCAGUUAAUUGUUGUAUAACCGCCGCGAAAGUUGAGAACAAAAGGCUUGAUGUGGUGAAUAGUCAUGGUUUGCUUUACAAGCCCAAGGAUAAGAUUCCAAUGAGCAUGUUUUGGUUGUUACCACAAUUUCUUCUUCUUGGAGGACUUGAUGGGAUUUCGAAGAAGAGCAUUGAACUUUUUGUUACUAAUCAAGGGCCUGCCUCUAUGGAUAGGUACAUGACUCAUUUUGCUAUGGCUGUGUUUGGAGUGGGAACUAUGGGAAGUGUCAUAUCGGUUUGUUUGGUUGAUAAGAUUAGCUCAAGCGGGAGUCAUAGUAGUUGGUUCCAAGACACCUUGAACAGGAGUCGUUUGGAUAAGUAUUAUUGGGUUUUGGCUACUUUGAGUGCUGCCAAUUUUGUUUUAUACAUUUUGUUGGCUGUUUUGUAUGAUAGUAAAUAUUUAAGAACACAUGAUCAACAAGUGUCCAAAGAUAACCAAAUUAUGGAGUAUGGGGAUGAUUAAUAUAUGUCUGCAUUUAUUUGUUUGUUUUUUUUAUAGGCUUUGUUUGGAAAUUUCGGGUUUAAUUUGUCUUAAAUGACUAAUUGACGGUUUCUACUUUUUUAUUGACAAGUAAUAUGUAGGAGAAUAAAUAAUAGAGAAUGGAAGAAA